AUGCAAAAAUCAGGCGAUGAAGAAAAUUCAGAUUUUAGUCGAAACGCGACUAAUAAGAGCAACGACGGUGACGACGGCGGUGGUGGAGGGGGCCCUAAUGGUGUUGUUGUUAGCGCUGCACUCGGGGUAGCAGAGACACGCAUACGAAUCAAUAAAUGGCGCGUACGCGAAGGAAAUCCUGUCUCUGCUGCGCAAAUCCUGUUUCUGUACCAGGAAGUUGGCGAAGAUGAUAAACCAAGUGCGAGCAACCCAACGGUGCUAAAAUUCAAGGCAAAGCGCGCUGGCGUUGUCAAAAAGCGCCUACGCAAGGAAGGCGACAUUGUUGGGAAGGGGGAUGCACUUUUGGAGUUGUCGGAAUGCAUACACACAACAGUAAUCAAGGACAUGUGCGCGGACUGCGGUGCUGACUUGCGCCACAAUGACAAUGGUAAAAUAUCCGAGGCAUCUGUACCGAUGGUCCAUACAAUGCCCGAUUUGAAGGUCACACAGAAACUGGCACAGAAAUUGGGCCACGAUGACACACGUCGCUUGCUAGCCGACCGAAAGCUUGUGCUAUUGGUGGAUCUCGACCAGACAGUUAUACACACAACCAACGACACGGUGCCGGAUAACAUAAAGGGCAUCUACCAUUUCCAGUUGUACGGUCCUCAGUCGCCUUGGUACCACACUCGUCUGCGUCCGGGCACCGCUGAAUUUUUGGAACGAAUGUCAAAACUGUACGAGUUGCACAUCUGUACAUUUGGCGCUCGGAAUUACGCCCACAUGAUUGCUCAAUUACUUGAUCCGGAUGGAAAAUUUUUCUCUCAUCGCAUACUGUCGCGUGAUGAAUGUUUCAAUGCGACGAGUAAGACAGACAACUUGAAAGCACUUUUCCCAAAUGGCGAUUCCAUGGUUUGCAUCAUCGAUGAUCGUGAGGAUGUUUGGAACAUGGCGUCUAAUCUAAUCCAAGUAAAACCAUACCAUUUCUUUCAACAUACCGGCGACAUCAAUGCACCACCGGGACUAUCCAAACAUGAGCUCGACGGCGAAGGCGUAGAUUUUAAAGAAAUUGACAAAAUUGCUGAAAAAAAAUCUGAAAAAGAAGAAUCAACUGUAAACAGCACGGAUGAUGAGCCAAAGGCGUCGCACAGCGAAACCAAAAGUGAUGAUAGCGAUAAAAGCGACAAUACAGUGUCGAGCACAAGCAAGGAUGAUGAAGAAUCUGUAGAUGUAUUUGAGUUGGAAACCGACACAAAAAAUUCCAACUCUAAAGAAACUAGUAUAAAUACGGACAAAUUAAAUGGCAAAACGGCCGCAGACGAUAUCAUGGUUAUAGAUGAUGAUUCUUUGAGUUCACCCGUGGAAGUUACGCCCGCAAAACAGGACAAUGAAGUUAUUAUCGUGAUCGAUGACGUUCCCUCCGAGAGUUCAAAAGAAAGCACAAGUAAUAUAAUUCAAAGCGAUGUGGAAGCAGAAAAUUCAGCUAAACAAACCGAUAAAGACACCUUGGAGUCCACGGAUACGCCUAAGCCAUCUGUAAUAAGCAAAGCAGAGUGCGACAGCAAAACCUCAUCAACAUAUUCAACAGAUAAGAGCAGCGCCGAAGCUGAAGAUUCGACGAAAUCAAGCGAGAAUACAUUUGAUACCGAUGAUGUGCCCAGUACAUCAAAGAAUGCUUCUGUUGUAAAAGUUACAACAGAUGGGCAAAAGCAAAUCGAGAUAGAAGAUCCCGAUGACUAUUUACUAUACUUAGAAGUUAUCCUGACCAACAUCCAUAAACGCUUCUAUACCAUUUAUGAUGAGACCAUGGAAAUUCCGGACUUAAAGAUCAUAGUUCCGAAAAUCCGCAGCGAGGUCCUGCGUGGUACAAAUCUAGUCUUCUCCGGUCUAGUGCCUAUGAAUGGUGCACGACUGGAGCAAUCGCGAGCCUACUUUAUAGCAAAAAGCUUAGGGGCAGAGGUUCAUUCUAAUAUCAAUAAAGAUAUCACACAUCUAGUGGCUGUAAAUGCGGGCACGUAUAAAGUGAAUGCUGCGAAGAAGGAACCCAACAUAAAAGUGGUUAAUGCUAAUUGGCUGUGGGCUUGCGCUGAGCGCUGGGAGCAUGUGGAGGAGAAACUUUUUCCAUUAGAUCGCAAAGUAAGAAACAAGGGACGCCAACCACCUGCACAUUGCCAUAGUCCUGAACAUGUGGUUAACUAUAGUGAACGAUCGGAGAUAUCGCCAUCGAGCAGCAUGCAACAGCAGGAGCAGAGUGGAAACUUUCGCGAGACAUUGAACCCGCUUCUGGUGUUCACCAAUGCGGAUAUAGAAUCGAUGAAUAAGGAUUACGAGACCUUCUUUGAAUCAGAUUCGUCAAGCGACGAAGGACCGGUGACUUUUGAAAACCCCCCCAUGGACAAAAACUUGCUCAAGCGAAAGCGCGAAGACGAUAACUCAAAUCGAGCGCAUGACUUCUUUACACGUACAGAGGAUGUAAUGAUUGGUGCCACGAGCAGAACACCGGUCGACUUCGAUAAGAGUUCCAAUGAGGGUGAUGAUAAUAUAGAGGAAGAUGACGAUGGCGAAGAAGAUGAUGAUGAUAUACCAAGCGCUAAAUUUCGCAGAGGUGAAGAAUUGCCAUCCGAUUUGGAAAUGGGCUCUGACUCAAAUAGCGAAAACAAUCCGGAGGACGAAGAUGACGGUGAAUGGAAUAUGAUGGGAGCUGCAUUAGAACGCGAAUUCCUGGGUCUGGAGGAUUAGCUAUUUGACUUGGACUUUGCUAUGUAGAGUUUCUGCGAUGCCCUUGAAGAUAAUGGUGAAUGGCGUAUAAGUGCCGCAUUGGAACGUGAACUACUUGGACUUAAAGAUUAGAUGUUUUACCUUUCAAUGUACCUACUCUUCUCAUCUCUUAAUUAAAAUAGCGUUGGUGUUGCAAAACCCACAAAGCAAUAGGCAACACAAGCACAUAAGAAAAAAGUUAUAUUGUAUUUAGAAUAUCUUUAUGAUGUGUAAGUAUGCGUAAGAUAUGCACUGUAUGCAAUAGUAUUACCGUUAAAAAUGCAUUAAGAUUUCCAUCAUCAAUAUUUGCUGUACAUGUGUAAGUACGGCGAAUAAAAUUUCCAUCUACAUUUUAAAUCAAAAUAUCUCGCUGUAAGUAAA